UUAAACGUAUUUUCAAAAUCAAAUAGGUUUAAAUCACCACUUCUCUCCACCGGUCCCUUCUUCUACGGCUGUUCACGGCGGCGAUCCAUUCAUUAAUUCCAAAACUCAAAGAAUACAAUGGAGGCACAGAUUCAAGAUGAACAUUCAUCGAGUCCAGCGGUUAAAGCAACUCUUCGCCUAGGAUCAGAAACACAUUCUAUCGAAGCUCGCAAGGGGAUUCUCUCUGAGCGAUUGGCUUUUGUGAAAGGAGAAAGUAUGAGCAUAUUAAAGGAAUUCAUUACCAAGCAUAACGUUCCAAAUGAUGUUCCAGAUGAAAUGUUAUCUGAAGAUGACGAUGAUAGCGAGGGGAUCACUGUCAAGCCAAAGAAGGGUUACUGGGCUUGUCGAAAAUAUCUUUAUGUGGAAGUACAAGUGUAUAACAGUAGCAUCUUCAUAUAGAAAAUUUACCCCUUCAGAUACAAAAUUUCCAGGUGUUGUCAACCUGUUUCACAAAAGCCUAACUAUUUAUCGAGUAGAAAAUGAUGGAUGUUCCUAAGAGGAGUGCCUAAAAGUAGACCUAACAAAGGCAUCAAGACACGUGACAAGAUUGAAGUGAAAAUGAGGGAGCAAUAUAGACUAAAUUUUGUAUCAUACAUUGUAUGACUUAGACAUAAUUUUGGUCAGGAAUUUUUAACGUACAUUAUAUACAUAUCAAUGUAUCAUUACUCUAUUGAGUAAAGAAAUGAGACGUACAGUGAGGCACAAAAAUCUGCAUACAGAAGCACUUGUAUCAGCUGCAGAUGAACACUCUUGAUCAUAUUCAGUUUCAAGCAAGUUUUCUUCUUGUUCUA